AUGGAGCGCUGGGACUCGCUGGGAUUUUUGAUUGUCACACUCAACUAUAAUGUGACUAUUGCAGGAAAGAUCUGGCUAAUGUUAGUAAUUCUGCUGCGAAUGGCAGUGGUAGUGUUAGCAGGCUAUCCACUCUACCAAGACGAGCAGGAGCGCUUCAUCUGCAACACCCUGCAACCAGGAUGCUCCAAUGUUUGCUAUGACUUGUUCUCUCCUGUAUCUCACUUUAGAUUCUGGCUCAUUCAGACUGUGUCUAUCCUGCUACCUUAUGCUGCAUUCAGCAUUUAUGUUUUGCACAAGGUAGCUAUGUACAUUGUAAGAAUGCACUGUUUGGCACAUGGAUGCAAAGGGAAUGAGAGUUUAUCAAGCCCCAAAGACCUGAAGGAGCUCUGUAGAAGUGCUGUUGUCAAUAGAUUAGACAGCGGUGCAGACAGCCUAAGUGUCCUUAAUUUUUCUGGGGCAUAUACUAUUCAUCUUUUUUUUAGGACACUACUUGAGGCUGCCUUUGCAGCUGUGCAGUAUUUUCUUUUUGGAUUUUUUGUUCCUGAGCGUUUUUCCUGUUACCAUUCACCUUGUACAAGCACAGUUGACUGUUACAUCUCCCGCCCCACUGAGAAAUCCAUCAUGAUGAUUUUUAUCUGGGGGAUCAGCAGUCUAUCCUUUCUGCUUAGUCUUGCUGAUCUUGUUUGUGCUCUCCGGAGGAUGACAGCAAGAAACCAAAAGAACAAGCUGCUCGCAAACCUCCAUGUAGAGGAUGAGUGCAUUUUAUGUCUUCCCCCAGCAGAGCAUGGUAGCUCGUCGCCACCUCAAAAUCAAGACUGUCCAGUAUCAAAUAACAGCCAGACCAGUGAUGGCUCCUGCUCACUUCUCUCUGAAGAGGAAGAGGAGGCUGUUCUUCAUCCUGAAGUGGUGGUCUCUGAGCAAACUGCCAACACGAACCUUAACAGCAACAGCAAUAAGCCCUGUAUAUCAGGAGAUCUCGCUGUUAAGCAAGAUAGCACUGAAGAACCCUUGUGUGCCAGUGACCACCAAGGAACUGCAUGCAGGUACGUGAGACCUAGGCUUCAGCAAGAAUUCAUUAAAGAUACUGCCCUGACUUUGAGACCUCAGAUCAAGUCUCAUCUUGGAGUUUCUUCCUCUGCAGUUCAGAGCAAGGUUUUAGGAUACUACCCUUCAGCUGAGCUAAAAAACCCUGAUACACAAUCAAAUUAUAGCAGUACUAGUUGCUUGAGGUCAAAAAAGUCAGAAUGGGUAUAG